GCUAUACGUAGUGGUAUGGUGGAGGCAGGCUAUCGCGGAGAGCUCGUAGCACGUAUAAUACUGAUAAGAGCUUGGGAUGAUUGUGCACGUAAUCACCGGAAUAAGACCAUUGCCAACCAAUAUUCAUCCCCUGUCUCUAUUGCCGAAUUCAUACAUGCACUCUUUGGCAUUGACUUAGUUCAAUUUGUGAUGCAACAGAAACAAAAACAAGAACUGGAGGAUGAUCGAGAUGGGUUGUCCAGUGGCCAUUUGUUUAGCCAAAGUGAUGUCGAAAAAUUAGCUAAUGCAAAAAUUCUCUUUACGAGCUUUGCAUACAUUAUGUAUACCCCAUCCAAAGAAGAUCUACUUCAAUUUUUACUUCGUGGUACUGCAAUAAUAUGCAAACGAAAUCAGAAGGGUAUUGAUUUUAUCAUACCUGCGCUGUUAGCAAACGGAGAUCAAUAUAUUGUUGAUGAACGUUUUAUUACAUACGCCCUCCUCUCUAUAAAAAAUAGCAAAUACGACAAUCAAUAUGCAGAAUCCACCACCUCGAAAUUGUCACCCAUUUUCGCCGAAAUCGAAGAGGACGCUGAUCAUCCAUACCUGUCAAUCUAUAUGCAGCUUGGAUCAGAUGAUGACUCGUUAAGUUUGGCUAGGGAACUUGGAGUGAUGACAUCAUCACAAAAGAAACUCGCAAAAAAUAUCUUAAAAGAGAAGGUUGUAGCAGAAACCUCAAAAAAAGGGAGGGUGGCAGCAGGGGCUUCUCAGAGAGUUUAUAGACAAAAACACCAAAUAUCUUUAGUUGCAAUUGGAAAGAGUGAUACUAUAUAUCCUUGUUUGGCAGAGUUGGAUAGUAAGAAUGACAAAGAUGAG